AUGCGAUUAUCCGGACUAACCCAUUUUAAUAUUGUCUUUGCGUUACCCCAUGGCAGCGAUGACAGCCUCUCGGCCGGAGCGAUAAUCGGCAUUGUAGCCUGCGUGUUACUUGUGCUGUGCUUUGUUGCGGGGCUCAUCGCGUUCUGUAUGUACCGCAAAAGACAGCGCCAGGCCAAGAAAGCAAGAAUCCAUCCCCUGUUCAAUCUUCCGGCCAAUCUCCUGAAACGAAUCAACGAUGCGGAUGCUAUGGUAGUGCGACAGAAGGCGCGAGAAAGUGGCGAAGACAUCGACCCGAAGCGACUCAAAGUGGUGCAGAAGCUGGGUGGUGGAAACUUUGGAGAGGUGUUCUUUGCAAUGCUCAAGGAUAGUCACGGUCGAGAAUCCCCUGUGGCUGUUAAACAAUUAAAUGACCGCCAAUCCGAAGAGGCUAAGGAUGUAUUUUUCGAAGAAGCGAACUUGAUGAAAAGCAUCAAUCAUGCGAAUGUGUUGGAUUGUAUCGGAAUCAGCAAAGGGCCACCAGGAGCUAUCAUUAUGGACAUCAUGGUGCUCGGUGAUCUCCAUACUUAUCUGAGUUCCCAGUUCGAUCGAGAGGAGCCUGUCACGAUUGCGGAGAAGUACCAUUUGUCAUAUCAAAUCGCCAGCGGAAUGAACUAUCUGCAGAGCCAGGGGAUCGUGCACAGAGACCUGGCCACCAGAAAUUGCAUGUUGUCACUAGCAGGACCCAAUACCCUCGGCUACCCCACAUUGAAAGUUGCGGACUUCGGGCUGUCGCGAGUGAUCGACGCUGACACCAGCGACUAUGUAAUGGAAUCCAAAACCAGUCUACCCUUUCGUUGGUUGUCUCCUCGCGCUAUGCUGGAGGGCCGCUUUUCAUCGGCAUCGGAUGUCUGGUCUUACGGUGUGACACUGUGGGAGCUCUUCAGCAAUGCCGAAGAGAUACCAUACAAAGGUGUCAACAUGUUUGCAAUCUUAUCCAAACUGCAAGCCGGCGAUCGGCUGGAGAGGCCCGACCAGUGCCCAAAGGAUGCGUACGAUCUUAUGAGUGCCUGCUGGAAGAUCAAGCCCGAAAACAGACCAGAAUUCGAUACACUGGAACGCGACUUCGCCUACUUGUUUGUGCCACAAUGCAGCGUGCCGGUCAUGGUGGAGACAAGCCCGGAUGGCUCUAUCGUCAUCAUCGAGGGUCGUGACAAGAGAAAGUUCAUGGAUACGGGCAGGCUCGUAGCCGAGGGCAGAGUAAUGGGAUACGAUGAGGAACCAGAGGUCCCUGUUUACGAUGAUGUUAAUUUCAAAUCGGACGAAUCAACUAAGAAGUUAAACGGCCAGAACAGCCAUGGUCUGGCAAAGGGUUACGAAAAUGUUCAUGGCGCGGACGCCAAAAACAAAGCCGACGAGCUGUACGACGAUGUACACGGCGCCAAUCUUCCGUCGAUGGCAAGAGAUUACUCUAACAUGCCACCCUCGAGAGGCUCGCUGAUGCCUGACGAGCCUGAGAAGUUGUACAAUUGGAGUGGUGCGAAAUUGGGUGAUACGGCCGUGAGCAGUCCACAACGAAACUUGCCGAUUGACAGUCUAGCACGAAUGCUCAAGGAUGGAGACGAGGCGCACCUGGUUUAAGAAUAGCACAACUAAAUAAGUAGCAUGUAGGCAUAUUAGUGGUCAGAGGUUGGGAACACGUAGACUCGACUGUCUGAAGCAGACUUAAAUUACUCAAAUAUCAAUUAGUAUCAAUAAUCAAUAUCAAUCAAUCCGGUAAAUCAGAUCGAACACAGACAGCACUUUCCAAUUGCAUAAUAAAAUGGAGAAAAAUACAUAUCACAACAUCCAC